AUGAUCGGGGCUGGAACCCUCCGUCGCUCAAUGGUGGAGGAACAAGAAUAUCACCGGUUUUUCAUGGCACUGCUCCGCUGGAAACCAAUGUCACUUUGCCUCCUCGUUGACGCUAACCAAUCGAAUUCUACUGGAUUUCCUACCUGGGUGCCGCGCUGGAAUCGUCCCGGAUGUACCGCUUGGAUCUCUGAAAAAUGCAUCUACGAAACUACCCAAGGAGGUAUAUACAGUUGCGUCAAACGACACGGCCUCCCUUUGCUAAAUGUGGAUAACAUGACACUCUCUGUGUUUGGAUGCUUCCUCGACCAGGUCACUUGCGCUAUCGACGUUCUGAAGAUGGAUACACCGAAUGCAGAUUUUGGAUUAGUGGUAGCAUUUCUCGAGUGGAUGUCAAGAGCUCAACUUCUUGUCGACUCACAAUUUCUGUCGUCAGGCGAAGAGUUUGAGAACGUGCUGAAGCAGCUUCUUCCAGUUGGCAUCCAAGAUCCGCCCAUGUCCAAUAAUAUAACCAAGCCACUCAAAGCCUGGCUUGGAAUAAUAUUCGGUUACGCGAAUGAAUAUCUCCCGCCACGGAAGUAUUCCGAGCAAACUACUCCUCAUUCGGACCACGUCUUCCGAAUAUUCGACCAGAUUCGUCAAGUUCCUGACGCUCUGGCUUGCCAUCAAGCCCUUGUCGAGCACAUGUGCGGCAAGAUAGCUCUCUUCGUCACUAAGCAGGGGCGAAUAGGAGCAGGAUCGAUUGGUAUCAAAGACAACGAUACAAUUCAUCGCAUCUCCGGAGUACCACUUCCAAUGGUCUUGAGAAAGGAGGGGUUCGCGCGCGAGUACCAAGUGGUUGGUCCCGCUCGAAUCCGCGACGAGAAACACCAGCACAUAUGGAGAUACAAGUUCAGGCGCAUGGAUCUCGUCUAG